GAAAAAUAAAUGCAAUAUGUUUUUGCUCUCGUUCAAAGAUUUUAUAACAUGCUAUUCUUUCUUUUCUCCAGAAAUUCGACCUUGUAGACAUGCCAGGACACGAUCGUGUUCGGUACCGAUAUCUUGACUUUUUACCUGUUACACGCUGCAUCAUUUAUGUGAUUGAUAGUACAACCGUAAAUCGACAAAUACGGCCUGUUGCUGAAUAUUUAUACGACAUACUGGCUAAGCCAAAAGUGCAAAAGCAACGUAUACCUAUUUUAAUUGCUUGCAAUAAAUCAGAUAUGAUUACAGCAUUACCUGUCGAGAAAAUCAAGACAUUAUUAGAAGCAGAAAUGAAUCGUUUACGUGCAACACGUACAGCAAGAGUGGAGCAACAGCAAGCAGAUGUGGAUGAUGAAGAGGAACAAGAAGCUUAUCUGGGGUAUGAAGGAGAGAAUUUCAAAUUCGAUCACGUGGAUAAUACAGUUGAUUUCGAAUCAUGUUCAGUUGAAAAACAGGAACUGGACAAUAUCAAAGAUUGGAUUAUGCAAUAAGAAAGUUUUUUACAUGUGUAUAACAGCAGUAUUUUUGAUAAUAAAAAAGAUCAAGUAUGCCCAUCGUCGAAAAGCGAUCAUUAUCAGACAGGCAUUCAACUAUUUCUGAGCGGAGUUUGUGGUGGAGUUUCU